AUCAUGCAGCGGGUGCUGUUGUGACCCAAAAUGGCGACGUGAGGGAGUAAAAGACGGGAAUUUCGGCGGCUUUUUAUCACCAAACGCCGCCUUUCUUCUCUCCGUUAACCAAGAAAGGAAAUCAGCUGGACAACGUAGAGACCUUUGCAAAUGUCGGUCAGAUGUCUAGGACAUUGAUGCAUCGGCUUAUGUUGUCAUGGAAACAAUGCCUGUAACCAUGGAGAUGCUGACGGAGCACCCGCCCAUUGCGACUCCCGCAGAGUUGGCAGUGCCGUACUUUCGACUGCAUGGCGUCUUCCAAGAUGAGCAAAUGGAAGAGUACACUGAAACUUUCCUCCUACGCCUCUAUAGAUGUAAAGCAUGUCAGUUCAACAGCUUCCUAGUGGACAACUUUGUUUCGCAUCUAAACAGCACGCACUUUGACACUGGUGAGAAGUCAAAUGGCAUACAGGAAAAUGACAUUGGCAAGAGCGCUGUAGAGGAUAUGCCUGGUGACAUGCUAUUCAAGGAUUCAGCCUCAGAGAAUGGUGACUCUAGAAGAGGGUUUGAAAAAUCGGCACCUGCAUUAAAGAGAAGCCUGUCUGAUAGCGCCCUGAAUAUUCCGCCACGAAAGAGAGAAGCCCCGGAGAGUUCUUUGCCUCACAGCAGCAAGAGACUUCAGACCCGGAGCAAAGAGCCGAAAGCAAAGGUGCCCAAACCUAGCAAAGCAACCUCGCGGGUGAAGAAAACUCGCAAGGCCAAGCAGAAAAGGCAGGUGCAGGAGAGUUGGCAGAAGGACAUCGGAAGGAUACUGGUGGUACAAAAUACCGGUGAAGGGGAUUCUCACGAUGACUCAGACGACGAUUACGUGGGCUUCGACGAAGAGCCGAGCGAGAGACGUCAGCGUAAGCCGAGAAAGCCCCAGAAGAGGCCCAACUACAUGAGAAAGAGGAACCCACAGCGAGGGCUGAGGCACUCCUGUAACAUCUGUGGUCUGAAGUUCUGCAGGGAGGAAGAGCAGAAGCUCCACAUGCAGUGCCACUGUGAGGGUGAGGAAGGGUUCAAGUGUAUCCACUGUGAGGAGCGGAGUAAGGACUGGAGGAGGGUCUACAGACACAUGUUCAGGGCUCAUGAUGUCCCAGCUCCGUAUGUCUGCAAGGAUUGUGGCUUCAAGUGCAUGAAGGCUUGUGAGCAUGAGCGACACCUCCUCAUGCACUCUGACGCCCGACCGUUUAAGUGCGACGAGUGCACCAGCGCCUUCCGCUACCGCCGGAACCUCCUCCAGCACAAGAAGCGCUCCUGCAAGAGCUCCCCCAAGGAGUACAUCUCCCAGAAGCACUUCCAGUGCCCCACCUGCCUCACCUGGUUCUCUGUGGAGGAGGAGCAGCAGCUCCACACCAAGUGUCACCGGAAGGAGGGGAAAGACUUCAAGUGUCUUCACUGCGAUCACAUCGAGACCGAGUGGAACAAGGUGUUCCGCCACAUGUACCGGGAACACAACAUCCAGGGUCCGCACGUGUGCGUCAUCUGUGGGUUCAACUCUCUGAAGAGGGGAGACCUGAACAGGCACAUGUCUGUCCACACUGCCGACAAGCCGUUUGUCUGCGAGAUCUGUGGGAAAGGAUUCAAGCACAAAAGGAACAAGGAGGCCCAUAAGAGAGACAUGCACAGUGAUCACCCCCAGGUCAGGAAGCGCACCCCGCCUGAUGGCCCCAGGCUCAAGUGUGACCAUUGCACCAAGACGUUCAAGGACGAAAAGAUCCUACAGAAGCACCAGAUUGUCCACACUGAUGAGAAGCGGUUCAUGUGUGACGUGUGCGGGUUCGCCACGCGCAGGAAGGCAGGGCUGGAACUGCACAUGAGGACUCACAAAGGAGACAAGAGGUUCAAGUGUGAGUUCUGUGACUACGCGACCGUGGACCGCAGCUGUCUCAGGCGACAUCGUUGGAGACAUAAGGAUGAGAACCCUUACAAGUGUAACUGGUGUGACUACAGUUGUAUACAGAAACAAUGCAUGGACAUCCAUGUAAGGAAAAAACAUACUGGUGAAAUGUAUCGUUGUGACAUGUGCGACUUCAAGACUCCGGUCCGCCAGGCGUUCAACAAGCACAAGCGCGCCCACGCGGAGUCUGCCGCUAACAUGGAGGGCCACCAGUACCCGGGCGCGCCCGUCCCCAGCACCACCAACCCCCAGGAGAUGGUGAGUGCAGUCAACAGUGUGGAGACAGUGGAGGGGAUCUAUAACCUGCUGUAUGGGCAGCAGUAUGGGCAGGCACAAGCACUGCAGCUGACAACCACACCACGCCAACACCCGGGGCACCAUGAACACAAGAGGGAGGAGGAGCGCUAUGUUAGUUGUGACUAGAGUUACAACUAGGGGUGGGUGUACCGGUACAAAACUUGUAGGAUUUUAACACGCCAGUCGAAUGUAGUCCUCCAUAAAACAGAUUUCUUUAUAGCUUAAUGCACCAUUGUUUUGAGUAUCAUCCAUUCACAAGUUUUCACGUACUGUAUCAGGUUCAGGUCUGGUCCUGGACCUGAACCGGACCUGGAUUUUUGUGUACCAGUACCCACCCCUAGUUAGAACCGUACAAAAACAUACUGUAAGUAUUGUGAUAUACAGGUACCGUAUCAUGUGGCCAGUAAGCAAUGUUUCCCUAUUAUAAUAUGCAUAUUAAUGUUAUUAUCUCUUUUAUGUUUCUAAUGAUAAAAAUUAUCAUGUUAGAUUUAUUAUCACAGUAACAAAGAGAGAAUCAUUGUAAUAACUUAAUUCCUGUUUAGGCUUAGCUGUGAAAAGCAGAGUGUAAGAAUGAUUUGUCUAGUAAGUAUUAUUGGACUCAAGAAUGUCUUUAGUAUAUCGCAUAUAAAUGUGUGGCACUGAUAGCCACACUGCAGAUACAUGUAUGUGUCAGGUAUAGGGAAAUCAGUUGUACAGACGUUAGUGUGAACAUAUAUAUUAAUAUUUUACACUAUUAUGUAGGGCUAAUGCUUGAGCAUGACUUAAUAUUCUUCCUGCUAUCUAACACUGCAACCAAUCGAGAAUUGGUACUGCAUGUAGUUUGUGUAGUAUCCAAACAGCUACAUGUACUUUAGUGUGCUAAAGGUAAAGUCAGUUUGCUACCUUUUUAAAACUGCCAUAUGGCAACGAACUGAAUGAAGUGUUUCUGGAUAUUUACUAGUUCUCUAUAAAGGCUUAGCAACACUUCUGUUUAAAAAAAAGAAAGAAAAAAAGAACUCAUGCCAUUUUUGUGAAAGCACUGAAACAUCCUCCCAAAAUAAUGUACUGUUGCUGAAUAAGUGUCACUAGUACAAUAAAGCAUUGUAUAUGCUCCAGUGUAAAAGAGGCAGUGAAAUUACCAAAGAUCAGGAGUGAGCUGCCUGGGAACAUGUCUGUGGCUUUUUGACUAUGAUAUUAUAAUCAUGCACAUGUAUAUAUGCAGUAGAAUAAAACCAAAUAGUAUAUCGGUCACUGAAAUUUAAUUUAAUUUCGUUUUUGAUAGUGGAAUAUGUUGACAUAUACAUGCUAUAUGCACCCUGUAACUUUUGCUGUGUAUGAUAUGAAUAGUUUGUGACAUUAAUGUAGUUACUAGUAUAGUCAACAGAUCAGGAAAAUGUUGAACUACAUAUGUAUAACUUAUUAAACAUAAU